AUGCCACCGCAGAGCAGAGGGACGCCUCCCAAACCGUCCGCCGUUCCAACUGCCUUCCAGUCCAAAUCGACGCCGAAUCUGCCCACACUGCGGGCUUUGAACACGGGCGACAAGAAAGCACCCAAUGCCAAUGCCAAUGCCAAUGCCAAUGCCAAUGCAGCUCCAGCAACGCUGCAUCCCGACCAUGCAAUAGAUGUACAUCUAGCCAACAACAACAGCACCAUAUCGCCAGACAUCUCCGGAGACAACACCACCUCUCCCUCCGAAGCAGCCUCCAUCGACGACUUCUCCCUCGACUCCACCCACGAGCACGAGCACCCAUCACUGUCGCAAGGCUCAUCAGACGAGGAGUCGGGCGAGGAAGAGGACGGACACGUGCCAAACCUGCCACCGAGACCCAUUUACCACCAUCAUUCGCGAAGUCAUACAUAUCUCGGCCCUUCCGCCUUUGCGCCGCCCUUUUACAAUCGACCACCGACGCCCCUGCCCCCUUCUCCUUCUCUGACCUCACUACUACGACCGACCUUCAGCUCGCAUAACAGCAGACCCACCACUCCAGAUCCAUCGAGCGACGAAGGUACGGGCUACACGCACGGCGCUGCCACGGGAACACAGACACCGAACUCGGCGGCAGCAUCCACAUUGACGAGCACUUUCCGGUCUGCGAAGCCUAUCCCCAGAGCCAGCCCGAAAGUGCCGACAUACGAAUACUAUGGCUUCACACUCUACUUGGCUAGCAGUCUCGCCUUCAUCGUCUUCCUGCUAUGGGCGUACCUACCCUCCCCAUUCCUGCACCAGCUUGGGAUCCACUACUUCCCCGAUCGAUGGUGGGCACUCGCAAUACCGGCUUGGACCGUCAUGCUGAUACUGUACAUAUACGUCGCACUAUCUUCUUACAACAUCGGCUAUCUUACACUACCUCUGAAGAGUGUGGAGUGCCUCGUGGACGAAGCAGCGAAUGUGGCAGUGGUGGAUGAGACAGGCAAGAUCAUACGCAACGAGCAGGCGAGCUGGGGCCACAAGGAGACGCAGUCGAGCAAGCAGAAUGGGAGUCUGGGUCGUAAAGCGGGUGGGAAGGGCAAGCAUAGUAGGCAGCCGAGCGUGACGAAAACGCAGACGAAUCCGGACCUGGAUUGGAAGACAUUAUGGAACGAGGGGACCGAUGCGGUCAUGGAUAUACCGAUUGGGGGUGUUUGUGAGAUUCUUUAUGGUGGUGAUGAGCUUGAUGAUGAUACCCUGUACGAUUACGACUGA